AUGAAGAGACAAAGAGAUAUGGAAGGGUUAGAGAACAUAGAUUUGGCAAAUUGUCUAAUGCUUCUCUCUCGACCCCAAGAAGGCAAAAAGCUACAGCAGAGAAGUUUUGAGGCAGUGGAAUUUGAGUGCAAAACUUGCAACCGCAAGUUCUCGUCCUUUCAAGCAUUGGGUGGCCACAGAGCUAGCCACAAGAGGUUGAAACUUGAAGGGGACGAAAUCAAAGCACAUGCCACAUCUCUUAGUUUGGGAAUUAAUAAACCCAAAAUGCAUGAAUGUUCCAUUUGUGGACAAGAAUUCUCAUUGGGACAAGCACUUGGAGGCCACAUGAGAAGGCACAGAACUGUUAUCAACGAGGAGUUUUCUUCAAUAAAACAUGUUGUUGCACAAGUACCGGUUUUGAAAAGAUCGAAUAGCACGAGAGCAGUUACGUGUUUGGAUUUGAACUUAACACCGCUGGAGAAUGACUUAAAGGUUUUGUUUGGAAAGAUGGCACCCAAUUUUGCUGGUGCCUUUGUCUGA